AUGGCCCCCGGCGCAAUCGACACGACGGUAGACGCGGCUGCGGCUGCGGCCGGCCCGGACAAGAAGGUCCUCAUCAAGCCGUGGAGCCGUCCUUCGGUGACCAAGGAAGAUCUGGACUGGGCCGACCUGCCCAAGAUCGACCUGAGCCGGUUCGACGCGCCCGGCGGCAAGCAAGAGCUGGCCCGCGACCUGUACGACGCCAUCAGCAAGGUGGGCUUCUGGUCGGUGGUGAACACGGGCAUCGACGACGAGCGCGUGCUGCGCCAGUUCAGCAUUGGCAACACGUUUUUCAAGGAGUCGCUCGAGGAGAAGCGCCGGUUCCCGUGCAACUUUGCCGACGGCGAGUACUUUGGCUACCGCGAGAACUCGCGCUGGAUCGGCGACACGGGCGUGAAGGAGAACAUUGAGAUGCUCAACAUCCCCAAGGCCAUCCCCCAGUGGGACCACAUCGGCCGCCACGCCGUCGUCGAGGACAACUACGCCGAGAUUGCCGCGUUCCACCGCGACGUCUGGGAAAAGGUCGUGCGCAAGCUCUUUGUCCUCAUCGCCAUCGUCCUCGAGCUGCCCGACGAGGACUACCUCGCCGACGCCCACGACUACGACAAGCUGUCCGACGACCACCUGCGCUACAUGAUCUACAACGUCCGCUCCCAGGACGAGUGGGACCGCGCCCAGGCCUACUCCAAGGGCGGCCACACCGACUUUGGCUCGCUGACGCUCCUCUUCUCCCAGCACGUCGCCGGCCUCCAGAUCCGCACCCCCGAGGGCGCCUGGAAGUACGUCCGCCCCGUCGACGGCGGCAUCACCUGCAACGCCGCCGACACGCUGACCUUCCUCACCAAGGGCUUCAUCAAGUCCACCGUCCACCGCGUCGUCACCCCGCCGCAGGACCAGAUCAACAUCCCCCGCCUCGGCCUGCUCUACUUUAGCCGCCCCGGCGACGACACCCCCAUGAAGCCCGUGCCGUCGCCGCUGCUCGAGCGGCUGGGCCUGCUGACCGACGAGGACAAGGUCGACACCGGCGACGUCGUGUCCGGCACCGAGUACGUGCGCGCCCGCGUCAGGGACGUGCACCACAAGACGGUCUUGGACAAGCGGGCGGGCACCGACUUUGUCUUCAAGGGCCUCAAGGUCGCCAACCACUACGAGUAG